AUGGUUCGUCAAAAGCAAACCAAAAGACUCCCAAGAACAGGUCCACCCUUAGGACAUCUAGCUAAUCAAGUAAAUGAAAAUGAGGAAGAACUUGAACCGGAAGGUGGAGGAGAGGAACCAACUGAAAAACAAGGAGGAAAUGAGGAUGACAAUGAUGACGGUGAAGAAGAUAAGGAAGAUGGAGAUAAAGAUGGAGAUAAUGAUGAAUCAGAGGAUGACUUGGAUGAAGAGGAAGACGAAGAGGAAGAGGAACAAAACAAGAUAUGGAGUAUAGAUAAUGAGUGUGAUGAGGUCCGCUUUGCGGUAUUUGAUUGUGUGCUAUGGAACGAGAUACAACAUGCGCACCAAAAAUUUGAUGAUGUCACUGUUACUGCAUUUGCCGAGAGGGCUUAUCCAGAGACGGAUACCUUUUAUCUACCUUUUGCUGAGAUGGAAAUAACUCUGAAUGAUUGUUUUAGAAUCACAGCCCUACCAAUUACGGGAACAAGUGUUCGAGAUAGCUACGAUCCCUUGAUGAGUUAUGAACUUCUUAAAAAGCUAGUCGAAAAGUGUAUAGGAUGGAGCGAUAAAAAGGCACAAUGUCAUGUGGUAAAUGCUCAUUACCUCCAGCUAUUGGAUCCCCUGAAUGAGGUGAACAACUACUGUUGGGGCGUUGCGGUUCUUUCAUUCAUUCAAGCGGAACUCAGAAAAACUUCGAGGCUCAAGAGUCUAUGUUUUGGAGGCUUAUACACCCUUGUUCAGGUGAAGGCAAGUGCUAAAUUGUUGAAGAAAAUGAUGGCAAAAAUCCGGAGUGGAGAGCCGAUGGACACUCGACAACAAACAGACCUCUACAACCAAUGGACUAAUGUUUUUAAUCCCAACCUUGUCGAUACAAGCCAGGUUGAUCCAAGACAUACCAUGACGUUGAAGAGGAGUCGCCGACAAGGGGAAGAUUCAAGUCGGAUGGUUGAAAAACAAAGCAGUGGAGAUGACACUCCUAGUGACGAUGGACGACCUCAAGCUCCUAAACGCAAGAUUAGAAAAGUUUCUCGUAGUGGUCGUGGUAAAUGA